AAAACUCCUGGGGACCCCCAGACAGCACUGGGGCCCCCCAGGCAACUCUGGGGGCCCCCAGGCAACUCUGGGGGCCCCCAAGCAACCCUGUAGGCUCUCCAAGAAGCUCUGGAGCCCCCCAGUCAGCUCUAGGGACCCCCAAGAACUCUGCGGGCCCCCAGACAGCAACAGGGGGCCCCAUACAGCCCCGGGAGCCCCCAAGGAGAUGUGAGGGCCCCCCAGCCAGCUCUGGGGGCCCCCAAGGAGGUCUGGGGGCCCCCAAGGAGGUCUGGGGCCCCCCAAGGAGGUCUGGGGGCCCCCAAGGAGGUCUGGGGCACCCCAGACCGCUCUGGGGGCCCCCAGACAGCUCUGGGUACCCUCAAGGAGCUCUGAGGGCCCCCAGGCAUCUGUGA